GCCUGGGAAGACAGGAUCUCAGUCAACCUGGACUGAUUCGGUUCUUGGUCCUUCCUGGCGAUCCUGCUUCGCUUCUCCCGCGCACUACGGGGGCCCCGCCCCACUGGUUCCCAGGCCUUUGGCUCCUGUCCCGGAAGGCCGGUGCUCUGCCGCACGAUGCCCCAGCUCGGACUCCUGCCCAGGAGGACCUGGGUUACGCUGCUCAGCCAGCUCCUGCGACCGCCCCGCGCUGCGUGCAUCUCUGCAGUAGGUUGUCAUAGCCAGGUUGCAGAGGCAUUGUUAACAUCCCAACCUAAACCACAUCAAGAGAAACCAAAUUUUAUCAUUAAGAUCCCGAAGGGCACCAGGGAUCUUAGUCCUCAACAGAUGGUUGUGAGGGAGAAAAUUCUUGAUAUGGUUGUCAGCUGUUUUAAACGUCAUGGAGCAAAGGGUUUGGAUACCCCAGCAUUUGAGCUAACGGAAAUGCUAACUGAGAAAUAUGAAGAGCACUCUGGGCUCAUGUAUGAUCUGAAAGAUCAAGGUGGAGAACUGCUGUCCCUUCGCUAUGACCUUACUGUCCCCUUUGCUCGUUAUCUGGCCAUGAAUAAAUUGAAGAAGAUGAAACGCUACCAAGUUGGAAAGGUGUGGCGGCGAGAGAGCCCAACAAUAGUCCAAGGCCGCUACAGGGAGUUCUGCCAGUGUGAUUUUGACAUUGCUGGUCACUUUGACCCUAUGAUCCCUGAUGCAGAAUGUUUGAAGAUCAUGUGUGAAGUCCUAAGUGGGUUACAGCUAGGGGACUUUCUCAUUAAGGUCAAUGACCGGCGGGUAGUGGACGGGAUGUUUGCUGUUUGUGGUGUUCCUGAAAGCAAGUUCCGUGCCAUCUGUGCCUCAAUGGACAAACUAGACAAGAUGUCUUGGAGAGAUGUGAGACAUGAGAUGGUGGCAAAGAAAGGCUUGGCUCCUGAGGUGGCUGAUCGAAUUGGGGAGUAUAUCCAAUGUCAUGGUGGAGUAUCUCUGAUAGAGCAAUUGUUUCAGGAUCCCAGACUAUCCCAGAAUAAGCAGGCCCUGGAGGGCCUAGGGGACCUGAAGUUGCUUUUUGAAUACCUGACUUUAUUUGGAAUUGCUGAGAAGAUAUGCUUUGACCUAAGCCUGGCUCGGGGCAUGGACUACUAUACAGGAGUGAUCUAUGAAGCAGUACUGCUACAAACCCCAGCUCAGGCUGGGGAGGAGCCCCUGAAUGUGGGCAGUGUGGCAGCUGGUGGGCGUUAUGAUGAGCUGGUGGCMACGUUUGACCCCAAGGGCCACAAAGUGCCAUGUGUGGGCCUAAGCAUUGGAAUAGAGCGAAUUUUCUACAUUGUGGAGCAGAGGAUGAAGAAUUCUUUCAAGAAGGUACGGACCACAGAGACCCAAGUAUUUGUGGCCACGCCCCAGAAGAACUUUCUCCGGGAACGGUUGAAACUAAUUGCAGAGCUUUGGGAUGCUGGAAUCAAGCUCCAGGCCGCUUUUUACGGCAUUUUCCGGCUUUCCAUUCACUUCGCUGUGAAGAUGGCGUCGGGCAGCGGGACAAAAAACUUGGACUUUCGCCGAAAGUGGGACAAAGAUGAAUACGAGAAGCUCGCCGAGAAGAGGCUCACGGAAGAGAGAGAAAAGAAGGAUGGAAAACCAGUGCAGCCAGUCAAACGGGAACUUCUGCGGCAUAGGGACUACAAAGUGGACUUGGAAUCUAAGCUUGGGAAGACAAUUGUCAUUACCAAGACCACCCCACAGUCUGAGAUGGGAGGAUAUUACUGCAAUGUCUGUGACUGUGUGGUGAAAGACUCUAUCAACUUCCUGGAUCACAUUAAUGGAAAGAAACAUCAGCGAAACCUGGGUAUGUCUAUGCGUGUGGAACGUUCCACCCUGGAUCAGGUGAAGAAACGUUUUGAAGUCAACAAGAAAAAGAUGGAAGAGAAGCAGAAAGAUUAUGAUUUUGAGGAAAGGAUGAAGGAGCUCAGAGAAGAGGAGGAAAAGGCUAAAGCAUAUAAGAAAGAGAAACAGAAGGAGAAGAAGAGGAGGGCUGAGGAAGACUUGACAUUUGAAGAAGAUGAUGAGAUGGCAGCUGUGAUGGGCUUCUCUGGCUUUGGUUCCACCAAGAAGAGUUACUGAGGCUUUCUAUGCUUGGCCUAACUUUGGCCUAUGCUGGACCUAACUUUGUGUGUGUGUUAGGGGGAUCAUUUCUUUUUGGGUACUGGGAAAGUCCUUAAGAGUGUCUGUGGGCAGGACUAAAGGGUGGGUGUUUGUGGCUUCCCUCUACUGUGGGAGAGGACACAGGAUGCAGAGGUAAUGCUGUGGCAUAUUCCUUUAGCUUCCAGUAUAUCACCGGAGUCACAAGACCUCUGCCCAUCUGAGUUCCCAAUAAAGAAAGGCCUCCCCUUCUGAGACUGCUUUCCCAAAACUCCCUCUGCAUCUUUCCCUCUUCAUCUAUCUAACCUCUUGUGUGAGCAUCCUACCUUUAUCCUGUGUUCUGCCUUUAUUUUUGACUUGUUCAGCCUGCAACAGAAGGAUUCUCUGGGUCCCCAUUUUCCAGCUGAUGCCAUAUUUUUGACCAGCCCUGCCUCCCAUCCUGCCCUAUGGUUCUCUAGCCUCCUCCUGUGCAUGCAUGUGUAUUUCUGCCUGGGUCAAUGGUAUGUGUGGAUUGUGUGCAUGAAUCUGUCACAAAGAGGGGAGCCUGAGCUAGACUCUCAGAGCAUUGCUGCCCUGGGGCCUGAUGUUCUUGGUUUCCUUAGCGCAUGUAACAGGAAAUUAAAUGGGAUGAGUGUUUGGUGUGGUUUCUGUCUGCUGAGUUUUUUAACAUUGUUCUUCAGAUGUGGACUGUUUUACCUUCUCCAGUUUGUUUCAUUUUACUGAAGAUUUCUUUUGUUUUUGUCUUCCUUGUGAGCAGGCUCUUGGAAGAACCUGUUUGAUGCAAAAAAAGUAAAUGGAAAAAAAAAAAAAAGCAACAAAAAACAACCAAAACCCAAAAAAUACAACCAAGCAAACAAACUCACUGUGGGAGCCCUUGGGUCUCAGAGGUUAUUCAACAUGUAUAAUAAAUGGCAUUGACUGGGCCUGUUUCA